UGGGGCGAGGGGCGGAGCACCGCUUCUGCAGAGAGGAGGCUCGCGCUCGCCCUGCGGGUCUGACUGCUACCAAAAUGAGCGGGCUGGGUGAGGCCAGCCGCCCUUCUGUCUCCAAAACCCGCGGCCCCGCUGCUCCUGACCAUGCCCCGGGACACGCGGACCUAAACCUGGGCCACGGGGAGGAAACGGAGGCGACGCAGGAGGCGGCGCGAAAGGGUGAGGGCGGCUCGGAGGCCCCUGCGGAGGGGGGCGCGGCCCCGGCCCCCGCGGGCUGCGGCCCCGUGCUCCGCAUUCGGGUGGUUAGGAGUCGUGAGGCCGCGCCUGAAGCGGGCCAGAAAGAGGCUCAGCCUCCCGCAGAGGGCGUGGAAGCCGCCGCCGCCGCCGCCUGCCCCUCGGGGGCUGCGGACAAUAGCCAGGAAGAUGGUGGCCAGCCUGGAGAGCCGAGCGGCCCUGCUGGGGAGAAAGCUCUAGAAGCCUGUGACGCAGAGGGAUUGGGGUCUCAGACGGUGCCUGGGGCCAAGGCCAAGGAAGUGAUGACAAAGAAGCGCGCCAUCUCGGCGACGGCCGAAAAGGAGGGAGUGGCCGAGGGGCUGCUGGAGGAAAAGAAGGCGAUGGAGAAGGAGAGAAAGGUGGCAGGAGGAGCGAAAGAGGAGGCGCGGGCCAGGGCCCCGAAGGUCAAUAACUGCAUGGACUCCCUGGAGGCGAUCGAUCAGGAGCUGUCAAAUGUAAAUGCCCAGGCGGACAGGGCCUUCCUUCAGCUGGAGCGCAAGUUUGGCCGGAUGCGAAGGCUCCAUAUGCAGCGCAGAAGUUUCAUCAUUCAAAAUAUCCCUGGUUUCUGGGUCACUGCCUUUCGGAACCACCCCCAGCUGUCACCUAUGAUCAGUGGUCAAGACGAAGACAUGAUGAGGUACAUGCUCAAUUUGGAGGUGGAGGAGCUUAAACACCCUAGAGCAGGCUGGAAAUUCAAGUUCAUCUUUCAGAGCAACCCCUACUUCCGCAAUGAGGGGCUCGUCAAGGAAUAUGAGCGCAGAUCCUCUGGCCGGGUGGUGUCUCUUGCCACUCCAAUCCGCUGGCACCGGGGCCAGGACCCCCAGUCCCAUGUCCACAGGAACCGGGAAGGCAACACUAUCCCCAGUUUCUUCAACUGGUUCUCCGACCACAGCCUCCUAGAAUUCGACAGGAUUGCUGAGAUUAUCAAAGGAGAACUGUGGUCCAAUCCCCUACAAUAUUUCCUGAUGGGUGAUGGGCCCCGAAGAGGGUUUCGAGACCCAGCAAGGCAGCCAGUGGAGAGCCCCAGGUCCUUCAGGUUCCAGUCUGGCUAGCUCCUGACCUGUGAGAAGCUCCUGCACAAGUUUCCUUACCACCUCCUUUUGGAUUCUGUGCUUAGCCACCAGCAUGCAAUCUUCCAUCUGCUUUCUCUUCACACUGGAUUAUUUUGUUCUUUGGCUCUUCUAAAUCUUCAAUCAGUUGCAAGAUUGCUGCUUCUAUGUCUAUGCUGUUCUUCCUCUCGGCCUUCUUGCUGUUCUGUGAAGUGUUUCAACUGCAUGGCCUUCCACUGCUUCUGUGCCAAGCACACGAUGCUGUAGAUAUGCACUGACUCCUGUUGCAUGCCUUGGGCCCUGUGACAAUGGUCUUUUCCCAGGUUUUU